ACUUAAGAUAUUACCCAUGGCAUAUAUGAACAAAGUUUUAUAGAUGAACACUGUAGUCUCAUCAUUUCAUCUUCACAAACAAUCUUCAUCACUCUCAUGGCAACAUCUCUAAACCUGUCAUCAUCCUUCCAAGAUCCCAAACACAACUUCCCACAACCUUCUCCAAGCCAUCUUCUCCCAAAAACCCUAAAACUCAACUUCCAUAACAAAUCAUCCAAAUCACCAAACCCCAUAACAUGCUUAUCUCUCCCAAUCCUAACCCCAAACCCAACAUCCAAGAUCCCCAAAAAGAUAAAAAAAUCCCAAUCUUUAAAGAAGAUCAUAGACCACUUAAUCAAAUUUGGCCGGAAAUUCAAGGCUCCAGCAACUGGACCGGCCUGUUAGACCCCAUGAACUCCCACCUCCGCCAUGAGAUAAUUCGCUACGGCGAAUUCGCUCAGGCAUGCUACGACUCGUUCGACUUCGACCCGCGAUCCAAAUACUGUGGAACUUGUAAAUACCAAGGUGCCCAUUUCUUUGAAAAGCUUGGUAUGACUGAUCAUGGAUAUAGUAUCAGUCGUUAUCUUUAUGCAACUUCCAACAUAAAUCUUCCAAAUUUCUUUCAAAGAUCGAAACUAUCAAGUGUUUGGAGCCAACAUGCAAACUGGAUGGGCUACGUGGCUGUUACAACCGAUGAAAAUGAAGUCCGGCGGUUAGGCAGGCGAAAUAUUGUUAUUGCAUGGCGAGGUACGGUUACGUACCUUGAAUGGAUUCAUGAUUUGAAAGAUAUCUUGCAUCCUGCUCAUUUUAGUGAUGAUCCGGCGAUAAAGAUCGAAUCAGGGUUCUUUGAUUUGUACACUACGAAAGAGCAUUCGUGCCAUUAUAGCUCGUUCUCGGCUCGUGAGCAGAUUCUUUCAGAGAUUAAGAGGAUUAAGGAGAGGUAUGAUGGUGAAGAGCUUAGUAUUACGAUCACCGGGCAUAGUCUUGGAGCGGCGCUAGCGUUGUUGAGCGCUUAUGAUAUCGCGGAGAUGAAGUUAAACUUUACUAAUACGGGUCAGAAGAUACCGAUCACGGUGUUCUCGUUUUCUGGUCCAAGGGUCGGUAACUUGAAGUUCAAAGAACGUUGUGAAAACCUCGGGAUCAAGGUUUUACGAGUGGUUAACGCGCACGACAAGGUACCGAAGGUACCUGGAAUUUUCGCUAACGAGAAGACAAAACAUCAAAAGUACAUCGAAGAGAAGAUAUCGUUCCCAUGGAGUUACGCUCAUGUUGGAAUAGAACUCGAGUUAGAUCAAAAUGAUUCACCGUUUUUGAAGCGAACAAAUGAUAUUAGCUGUGCUCAUAACCUUGAAGCAUUGUUACAUUUGGUAGAUGGUUAUGUUGGUAAAGGAUUAGGGUUUUGUUCCUCAACAAAUAGGGACAUUGCACUUGUGAACAAGAGUUGCGAUUUAUUGAAGGAAGAGUAUGGAGUGCCGGCGUAUUGGCGACAGGAUGAGAAUAAGGGGAUGGUGAGGGGUGGCGAUGGGCGGUGGAUCUUGCCGGAGCGGCCUCGGUUGGAUUCGCAUCCGCCGGAUACUGCGUACUACCUUGAACAAGUUCUAAAGUUUGCUGCUAAAUCUACUUUGAAGGCACUUUAAUUAUGUACGUAAGUGUAGUUGUAUGCAUGAAUAAUUUUACAAGUCAAAUUAAAUGAGUUUGAUUUUUGCA